AUGUACGCCGACUCCGCCAUCCCUGCAGACCCUUACAACGAGGCCUACAACAAUGAUCCGCCUCCUGCGUCCGCCGCACCUCCCUCAGAGUCUCGCGACCUGACCAGCCUCCUCCCCGCGGCCGGUCGCGCUCGCGUAGCCCAGCGUGUACGGACUAAUUUGGCAAAGCAGGCGCCUAACCCUUCUAACGUGCUCGGUGUCUUUGGACUUAGCAUCCGUUCGACCGAGAGGGAUUUGGAUGACGAGUUUAGCCGCUUUGGACGCGUCGAGAAGGUUGUCAUUGUGUAUGACCAGAGGUCCGACCGCUCCCGUGGGUUCGGAUUCAUCACGAUGUCUACCGUCGACGAGGCGGCGCGAUGCAUCAAGGAACUCAAUGGAGUGGAGUUGAAUGGCCGCCGCAUUCGUGUCGACUACUCGGUUACUGACCGUCCUCAUGCUCCCACUCCUGGCGAGUACAUGGGUCAUCGUCGCCGCGAGCCUGAGGUGGGCAGUCGCGACUAUGUUCCUCGCGACCGUCACGACGACAGGAAUCGCCGUGACCGCGAACCGUACAGAGGCCGUUACGACCGGGACGAUCGGGACCGGGACCACUACGGCAGGGACAGCAGGGACUGGCGCGACCGCCGCAGUCCUCCUCCUCGGUCGCGAUACUCGCCCGAGUACAGGCGGCGCAGGAGCUACUCCCGCAGCCCCCCGCGUGGCAGCAGCCCCGGCCGGGGUCGGGACUACGACGCUCCGGCGGCCACGAACGGGAACAGCGACUCCCGCUGGUGA